AUGAAGGUACUUGAUACCGAACCCUGGCUACCAAGCAUAUUGUUUCUGACUGUUUUUAUCGCUGGGGUUCUUGCCACACGUCCAGCAUCAACAUUCAUUGUACAAGGGGAUCAAAAAUCGAAUUUAACGUUAUCGGUCAAUGUUCCCUUGGAUCCAACCAACGAUGACCUCUUCUUUCAUGUAUCUGCGCCGGCAGGCCACGCUUGGGUGGGGUUUGGUUUCGGUACGGAGAUGAAAGACGCCUUGAUAUUUGUGGCAUAUCCAUCGGAAAAUGGCAAAAAUGUUACCCUCAGUCCGCGCAUUGGACCCUAUCAUGAGGAGCCGGAGCACACGAAGGCUGUUGGAGUCCAUAUCUUGGAAGGGACCUUCGUAGACAACGAAACCUAUAACAUUAAUGCACACUGCACCAGCUGUCGGUCGUGGCCUCUCCGGGCGGCCGAACGAGGAAAGAUCGAUGUGACGAGCACUGCUCAACCCAUGAUCUAUGCCCUUGGCCCUGUUGACUCAUUCCUCCACUCCGACAGCCAGGAAGCCAGCAUCACCCAGCACAUAGCGUACGGCAAGCUCAUGAUGGACCUCACCACGGCCACAGGCGAAGGCGGCGUCCCAAGUUUGUCAACCACCGAAAGCGGCGUGGUUCACGGCCAAUAUCCGCCCAGCGGUCGCCUCACCACGAUUGUCCACGGCGUCAUCAUGGCCGCCUGCUUCGUGGUCUUCUUUCCCCUCGGCGCGCUCCUGACCCGCCUCCCCGUCCACCAUGCCUUCUGGAUACAUGUCAUCUGCCAAUGCAGCACCAUCCUCCUCAUCCUUGUCGGCUUCACCCUCGGCAUCUACAACUCGGUCCACAACAACAAACACCCGAAACUCAAUUCCCCACAUCAAGGCCUCGGCCUCACCCUCAUCCUCCUCCUCAUCAUCCAGCCCACCCUCGGCUUCCGCGGCUUCCUCUACCACCGCAAGGAGCCCCAACCCCAUUCCCUCACCCUCGCGGGCAAAAUACACCGGUACCUUGGCCCGGGCAUCAUCCUUGCAGGAAUCAUCAAUGGCGCGUUAGGACUCGUCUUCGCAAAUGACACGGAUAGACUGCCCGCCUAUUUCGGCCUUUUCCUCUUCAUCGCCAUCAUCUACGCACUGACGUAUCGGAUCUUCCAAAGGAGAAGGGUGCGCAACAAUGCCGUCAACAGUGCCGCGGCGGCCAACUUCCGUGCUGGAGCGACACCAGCAACUGCGUGGGCGGGAUCGGCGGUAGCGUCGAGGUCCGCGUACGAUGUCCCGCUGCAGAGCUACGAGGAUGUUGAUAGAUUGUCGCAUCGAACUUCUCCGUCGCUGGGAAGUUUUAGGGGGGGGAACGCCGACGUGGAGCACGCGCCGCCGGUUUCUGUUAAUGUGAUGCCGAAGAAUGAGGAGACGAGGAUGUCCUGA